GACCACUGGGUUUUAGUGUAACAGGUCAAUUACUUUUAUUAUUUGUUGCAGGAAUUUUGUUGCGAAUACAAAAGUUACCGAUUACGUAAUUAAAAGGCAACCCUCACUGACUGAAAGCGACGAAAACAUUCUCACCGAAGCCGAACUACAACUUUUGCUUGGUAAAAAUAAAAACCAUCGAAAAUAUUCCGAUGUGGUACAAGCAACCAGUGUAAGAACAUAUACAGUAGAUAACACCGGGGUAAACAGAACAAGUCCUUAUCCUGAUCUAAGUGAAUGUAAAAGCUCUCCAGGGGAAUAUCUGCUUUCAGGAAUGUCCACAGAACAAGGAAUAAACAAGUUGGAUGAACGUAGAGAACCCUCUUUAACUUCUCUACCAUCGUCAUAUGGAGGUUAUAUACCUGUUCCUACUGCUGCUGCUAAAGUACCAGGCAUCCAAUGCACUGUUACAGAAGUGCCGUGUAAUGAAACAAUGUAUCCCCAGGAUUCUACAAACUGUGCCAGAACAAAUUUACCCCCUCGACCAAACAAGCAAAGAAAAAGUUACGAAGAUAUGAAAGGUUUGCCAAGCCAUACCACCCACCCUACACACACUGUACAUAGAUAUAGCAAACAAAGACAAGGGAAAACAAGUAGUGAUCACCAAGAUAACGCAAUGGAACAGAAAAUGUUGGUCAACACUGGGAAAACAGUGUUGCCAGCUGUUUCUUCACCUGUACAUGAUUCGGUUGAGCGAGCACACAACUCCCUGCUCGAGUUGUCGCACAUUAUACGACCACAUGAGGGAGCUGUUGUAGCGGCAAGAGUGAAGAGUAAAUCCUCGAUCGAGAAAGAUGAAAAUCUCGCAUCCGAUGACGAGGAGAUGAUCCAGGUCGGAGCCGAGAAUUUCUUCGAGGAAGUGAUCACCGCAGCUGGCUUCUCCGAUCCUCCAGGAGCUGAGAGGAUCGGGCAUGGAUGCGGGGGGGUGGAUAGUGGUGUUCCCGCAUCUUCUGUGCAGUGUGAGGAGCGGAAAGUAGAAGUUAAAGUCAGUGAGAUCCCGAUCCCGAGACCAAGGCAGGAUGGAGUUACUUAUCGGAGGAAAAUAAAAAAGAAGAAAAUGAGGAAACAGAAUUUUGCUCCGGUUGAGGAAAAAUAUCGAUGUACAGAUGUUUCAAGGAAAAGACAGAUUAAAGGAUCUUCGCAGAGUGGGGAGUCUGAACCUACGUGCCAGAGUGUAGAAGUUUUAUACAGCAACUUUCCAAGUAAUAUAACAGUAGCUGAUUCUUAUGCGGGGUCUGAAUAUGAUACAGGAUUGAACAAAGCUGCUUCAGAUGGCUGUUUGCUUGUCAAUAAUCAUAAUGAAGAAAUACAAAGCGUUCAAGUCCCUUACCCAUCUGCUUUGUCGUCAGAUAAGGCCUCACAUAACACUUUAGAAGGAUUGUAUUCACAGUUUGCGAACUGCCACAAUGCAGUUGAGGAAAAAAAGCAAAGCAAAAGGUUCAGUAUUACUAGUGACGAUUUGGAAGAUAUUUUCGCUGAUUUUGCCGAUAGGAAAAGAUUUUAUAAAUCGGAAGAAAAUGAGGAGGAAACGAGAAUUGCUCCGGAGGAGGAAGAUGGUUUUGAUGUUUUGGAUGGUCGCGUUGUGGAGCCGAUUAUUGUUCCGAAGUUACAAUCUCUUCUGGAUGAGAAGAAGACACUUUUUGUAAGUCGCUCCGUGCAGACUUUAGAUGGAACGCUGGGGGAUCGGAAGAAGAAAGAAGAGCGAAGGAUUUCUACUCUCUCCCCUCCAUCUAUCUCAGACUUCAUGAAGAGAACUGGGAACUGGAAGACGGUCCUCACAGCAGUUGAAACACAAACUGAAGAACCAGGGAAGAAGAACAUCGCUGAUCCCUUGUCUCCGGACUUAUAUGAAUAUCAAAACUCAACUAAUCCUUACUCCUCACACUUCGAAACCUGUCUUGAGCUCCCGGACCUAACAACGGAGGUUGGGAACCAAUAUGAUGGCGAUAACACUUCAGUUCAAUCUAUCAACUUGACUACAGUAACGAGAGCUACAUCGGUGGAGGAAAGAAUCCCGGAGCGAAAAUUUGGUCGCGCUGUUAUACCAGCAAGUCGCAUGCAGCCAAUUGAGUCAACAAUACAUGAUAGACAGCAGUUGCUCGGAGUUCUUUCGCCGAGAUAUUCAAGAAAAUCUGUUCCCAAUCCUACAGAACUUUACAGAUCACAAAGUGCAAGAGAAUCGCAGUCGAAUGAAAUUAAUUUUCGCUCUGAGUUUGUUGUGGAGGAAAAAAGUGCGCCUUCUACUCCAAUUCGUGUGAAGACAGAUGAAAAUGGACUGAACGUAACGCCAAGCAGGUGGUCGUUUCAUCAUAAACUCUCAUUGUUUGAGGACAAUGAGGGAAAAAAUGAGAGAAAAUUUCCAACAUUUAAAGCGGUCGUGAAAAAGAGAGUGAAAAAGUCGAAACUUGAAAGGUACAUCCAGGAUGAGUUUCCGGGAUCAGAAAAUGAUCGGGAUGCGGGGGAAGAUGGGAGUGAAGAAGUGGGUGAUGAAGUAAAGAAAUCAUCUUCUGAGGAUGGGAAGUUAAAAUCUCAAAUGUUCACAACAGCUGAUGAAAAUGGUGUCAAUUCAUUGAAUAAAACUCCAGCAAACCCAUCAGCAUUGGUGAGGAUAAGGAAUGAAAAAGGAGUCAAAACCUCAACCCCUGUGGUUCAAAAAGGUCUCGUUUUAAACCAGGUUGGAAAAAAAGUUGGUAAUGGGUUGGAAAGUUUGAAUGAAAGUUAUGCUCCGAAAAUCGGUCAAAAUUUAGAAAAUUUGGAUGAAAAUUUAUCCCUUGAAAGCCAGAAUAAUGCUUGUAAAGAUAGCAAUGCAGACAAAGCAGGGCAGAGUUCGUUUAAUAAUUCAUCCCUGCUUCAAAUGAGUGGAAUACCAAGGUGUCAGGGUUUGCCUGAUGUUAGUACUGAAUCUAACGCAACUUUCGCUGAAGUGAGGUCUGAAUAUAACAUCACUACAGUAGUAACGGAGCAUUAUCAAACGGCUGAUAAUCAACAAAUUAACCAGAACUUACUGGAUUCAAAAUGUAGCAACUCAAGCAGCGUGUUGAGUAGUAGUGAGGAAAGUGAGUUGGAUGAGCACGCAUGUUCGGAGUUAAGAAGAGGAAUUAGUGAAUUGUCAACGGCGUUGGCGUCAGAUGUUCUCAGGUCUCAAAUGAACGAUGAAAUAAUAAAAACUCCGUCAUUUUGCUCGAGCGAAAGUUGUGAAAUGUCCGGAAUUUCUUACGAUGAUGAAGACAGUGUUUCUAAGGAGAAAAAACGACCACUGUUUCUUGCUGUUAAAACUGCUGACUCGGCACCAUCAAAUAUGUUGAGUCGCUCUGUAGAUACAAGUGUUUGGAUGGAGUCGCAGGGAUCCGUUUGCGUUAAACCACCAGAUGUCAGUAGAGAGGAUACAUCUUCUGUUGAUGAAAGUGGAUCUCCGUGUUCUGUAGAAACAUCAGAAAGUGAAAACGUGGUAAAUGGAGUACAAGACUUACCUGAAGACUUUUCAAGUGAAGAAAAAUAAUUUUAAAUAUUUGUUUUUUUCUCGUUGCGUUCCUAGUUGUGUUUUGUUGAUUAAAAGUUCCAAUUUUUGCGCUAAGAAGACGCCACUAAAAGUGCAAGUUUUAUAUUCAAGAAUGUUACAUACCAUUUAUAUAAUGUAGUUUAGAAUAUAAACAUGAAGAAUUUAGCUCAUAGUCGGCGGAACGACAUAAUUAAUUUAAACAACGCUUCUCAACCUUUUUGCUGCAUUGGCUAAAUGUCAAGUCAAAAUUAGAAGCAAAAAUUUGGGACCGAAUUUCUAAAACUACGUUUUAUAUAAAAUUUUGGCAACAUACAAAACAUUGAAUUAACUUUGUAAUGACAAUAAACUGUAUUUUUUGAACAACUCUAGUAGAGAACCUAACUAAAUAGCGAACUUAUUUUUAGUUGUUUCCAAAGGGUUGAGAAGCACUAGUUAAAACAUACAAGAUAAAUUUUUCAAAAGAAUUAGAACUGUUUUUAUAGAUGCAUCACUUGCAGUAAAUAGUAUUUAUUCUUAUGGCAACUUAGCAGUACACCAUGCAAGUACAAAAUAUAGUGACUGCAAAAUUUAAGUGAAUGAAUGAAAAUGACAUUAGUAGUCACCUAUAAUGUAAAUUUGAUCACAUGAAAUGUAUUUAGAUUAUGGUUUAGAUUGAAAAUGACAGACUAGAUAAAGGAAUUGGCAGAAUUUUUGUCCAAAAAAAAAACUUUUGGAAAAAUGACACAAACUCAUGUUUAGUUUAAUUUACGACUAUUUUAUUAAAUAUAUGGCUAUAGGAAUGUUAAGUUAAAAUAUUUAGUUAAACAGUAUUUUUUAUUUUUGUUCUCAUUUUUAUCAUAAACUUUUGCAGUGAUGUCCAAUGUGGGAAUAUUAGAACUUUGUAAAUGCGGUGGCUACGUAUUCAUUUUCGAUUGUGAAACACUGAUUAAUAUGAAACUUUUAAAUCGGGAAUCAAAACUCAAUUGUCGUUAUAAUUGUUAGGACUAAGCACGAAUAUGAAGCACUUUGUUUUUUUGGGGAAAUCUGAGCAAAAA